AUGGUCCGUUUUCUGGAAGCUUGGUUACUGACUUGGUCGUGCACAUUGAGCACGGCUUUCUUCCAAGCUGUGACUGGAUAUCAGGUCGUGGGCUUCAUCAUCCCUCUGCUAGUCCUUGAACUCGUCUCAUUGCCUCUAUGGGGACUUUACUGGACUGUCCUCUAUCCUAGCUAUUUCACUCCAUUCCGUAACCUCCCGACACCACCUAAAAGAACAUUUUUGACCGGAAACCGAACUGUGGUCUUGCCGGAUUACCCUUAUGAAGAUAUACGGAGCAUCUCCGCAACCCUACCAAACAAGGGACUAGUUCGAUUCUAUGAACCAUUCUGCAGAGAAGUCCUCAUGGUCACGAAGCCAAACACCUUAAAGGAGAUGUUGACCUUGAAAGCUUAUGAUUUUGGUCAUCCAAGAUUGAUCAAGCUCUUGAUGAAAAGGCUCACAGGGAACGAGUUCAAUUUCUUGACGCCUGUUGGACACAAGCUCUUUCGAAAGAAUCUUAGACCUGCGUUCACAAACACACACGCAGCGGAGAUGGUUCAGCUCAUCGAGGCUGAGCUGAAAGUCGAUCAUGAUUCCGUGAUAGACCUCGGUGACUAUGGUAACCGGGCUUUACUAGACCAUCCCAACAACGAAUUCCGAAACCAGUUCAGAAAGAUUGCAUUGGAACCCAACAGAACCUUCAAAUGGAUGCAACUGAUUAGCCACUACUUUGACCUGCGCCCACUGCUGCUGACCUUCUCUCUUAUACCCGGGAAGAAGAUGCAGGUGAAAGAAUCAUCAGAAUUCCUCCGCAACUUUGCCAGAAAAGUGAUCAAACAAAGGCGGGAAAAGCUUCAGCGCGCCGAAUCUCCAGAUAUCAAGGAUAUCACAACUGUUGCUCUGGAAAACGAUGCAUUUCCACCGGAUGAACUUGCUGAUCAUGCCGUACUUUUCCUCACGGUUGGCCACAAGUCUACAUCCGCAGCCUUCGAAUGGACCAUGUUUGAGCUUGGCAAACGACCAGAAAUGCAACGGCGACUGAGAACAGACAUCAAUAAAUCUCUAGGUUCUGCUUCAUUGGGGACAGUCGAACUUGGCUCUCGGGUUCUGGAGACACCAUAUCUGAUUGCCAUCUGUAGCGGGGUUAUUCGAUGCUACCCAUUCACCCCCUUAGCCACGAAAAUCGCAGAGAUCGAUACAUCACUUCUUGGCGAACACAUACCAAAGGGGACUGUGGUUUUGUUCUCGGCUGAAGCAUUAAAUCAUGGCCAGGAACUUUGGGGUCCUGAUGCUCAUCUUUUCAAUCCGGACCGGUGGAUGGCAGCCGGAAUGGCCAACUCUGGCCGGGCCUCUAGUAACUACGCAAUGCUAUCUUUUUCGGCCGGACCUUGGGGUUGCAUUGGGGAGCACAUUGCUAGAGCGGAGCUUGCACACCUGGUAGCCGCGGUCGUGCAAAGGUUUGAGAUCGAUUUGGUCCACCCAGAAACAGUCGGUCGAAGCAAACCCGGGCCAUUCAUGAGAUCCGUUGAUGGGAUUCAUGUCAGACUCAAGUUAGUAAGGAGUUCAUGA